CUGGAACGUCGUUCCUGUAGCGUUGAAAUGGGCGAAUGGUCAAACUCGGCAGCGGUCCUGUAGACAGUAUACCAAGUCGUGAACGAUUUUGUGCUGUGCCGUGGAAAAGGCUAAUGGGCUGUAUCCCAGAAGAUAAAUAAUGUCAGACCAGGCAACAGACAAGAACCAUGCUGUGUGGCUCAUCUUUUUCAUGCUUGGCCUCGGAACUCUCCUGCCUUGGAACUUCUUCAUGACAGCAACAAUGUAUUUUACCGGCCGUCUCGGAGUCCCAGAGGAUGGCGGCAACCGGAACUCUAUGGAGGCCAGUUACAACAACGUGUCCACGCUUUGUGCCAUGUUGCCCUUACUGGUGUUCACCUGUCUGAACUCCUUCCUGCAUCAGAGGGUUCCUCAGAGGUUACGGAUCAUAGGCAGCCUGGCAGUGAUUUUCCUGCUGUUUCUUACCACGGCCAUAGUGGUGAAAAUAGAGAUGGCACCCCUGUCCUUCUUUGUGAUUACUAUGAUUACCAUUGUCAUCAUCAACUCGUUUGGGGCUAUCCUCCAAGGGAGCCUGUUUGGCAUGGCCGGCAUUCUGCCUGCAAAAUACACCACGCCAAUCAUGAGCGGCCAAGGCCUGGCCGGUACUUUUGCAGCCUUCUCCAUGAUCUGUGCUAUUGCAAGUGGCUCAAAGCUAAAUGAUGCAGCUUUUGGAUACUUCAUUACUGCCUGUGUAGUGAUCUUAUUGACCAUAGUGUCAUAUUUGGUGCUUCAUAAACUGGAGUUCUACCAACACUACAAUCAGAGCCAGGUUGAAAGCCCUGUCAGUGAUGAGAACAACCUAGAUCUUCUAGAGGGUGAAAACACUGCAGAGACUGGUUCAGUUUUUAACCUAGAAGAAGGGGAGCAAAGUGUGUCGAUUUGGGCCAUCUUCAAGAAGAUCUGGGUCAUGGCUCUAUCGGUGUGCCUGGCCUUCACCGUCACCAUCAGCACCUUCCCGGCUGUCACCGUGGAUGUCAAGUCUCAGAUUACUGAUGGAGGCACCUGGGAGAUGUACUUCAUCCCGGUGGGCUGUUUCCUGCUGUUCAACAUCAGUGACUGGGCUGGGAGAAGCCUCACCGCCAUGUGUUUGUGGCCUGGGAAGACCAGCAUACUGCUGCCUAUUUUCAUGACAGCCCGAGCUGUCUUUGUGCCUCUCUUCAUGCUGUGCAACGUCCAGCCUCGCCAUUACCUGCCUGUCGUCUUUGAACACGACGCCUGGUUCGUCGUGUUCAUCAUCACCUUUGCCUUCUCCAAUGGAUACCUGGCAAGCCUCUGCAUGUGUUUUGGGCCAAAGCUUGUGGCUCCUCAUGAAGCAGAGACGGCAGGGGCCAUCAUGGCCUUCUUCCUGUCCUUGGGUCUGGCCCUGGGAGCUGCCUUCUCAUUCCUUUUCAGAGCCAUCAUUUAAAAUGGCCCCCGGGCAAGAACCAAGACCGUGUUAUGCAAACAUGACUCAUAACCCCUCGCAACACAUUUCAAAUGUGCUCUUAACAUGUAUCCAUUGAUUCUUGAAGAAUAUAAUGUAUGCAUCAUGAAAUUA